AUGGUUCCGACGUUAAAGUCCCCACCACCCAAAUCCGGUUCCGAAGACCCAAACCCGGGUUCGAAUGAGAUCCAGUACAUAGGUGUUCGGAAGAGGCGUUGGGGACGCUACGCCGCCGAGAUCAAAGAUCCCGGGAAAAAGACCCACAUCUGGCUCGGGACCUUUGACAGCGCUGAAGAGGCAGCGCGUGCGCACGACACUGCGGCGCAUGAGUUCUGCGGAGCCAACGCCAAGACCAACUUCCACGCCCCCGCUGAGCACCAGCUCCAGAGGCCGAGUGGUAGCAAAAGGAUCGUACAGGUGCAACAACAAUUAACGGAUACCAGUACCAUUACGUCCGCCGGACCUCCCCUGCCUUCCUCCUCGGCCAUCGCCACCGCCACCUCCUCCUCCUCCUCCUCCUCAAUAGAAGAUGAGAUUUACGACACGCCGGAAUCGAUGCAUUUAUCGAAGAGGAGGAGUCACCGAGAGGAGGGGAAGAAAAAGUAUCAGAGCAAGUGA